UUAGGCAUUGAACUGGGCCUGCUCAUACGAACUGCAAUGGUGACACGGGAGAGAGGAGAGGAAUAGUUCAAGAGAAGGGAAAACAAUAAUAAUAUUCAUACUGGGAAAACUAUACCAUUGUCACAUUUUAUCUCAGAAUCAGCAGAACUACAGUUAAAAAGGAGACGGGAUUAAUUAACCAAGCAAGAUAACUACUAUAUGCAAACGCAAGACAGUGGACAGAAAAACAGGCACAGCGGGCACUUGCUUGCUGUCUUUUUGGGACUGUUCGAUCACUGCAGUUCUGCAACGUAUACCUGCUUGAAGAACAAAAUAACGACCAACGCCUACGUAUUGAGUGUGCUGCAGAGCUCAGAGGACUCCGUAGGAUCCCAAAGGUACUGUCGACGGUGACUGCCACCUGACCCUCCCCUCUCCCCACCCCCCCCCUUCCUAAACAGCAGCUCCGCCUCCCUCCUCCCAUCGCCCCUCUCCUUCCCCUUCCCCACCCCCGACCCCCACGGCUCCCCGCCCCAGCAUGAACGAGGUCAGCAUCGUCAGAGAGGGAUGGCUCCACAAGAGGGGUGAAUACAUUAAGACCUGGAGGCCUCGUUACUUCAUCCUGAAGAGUGAUGGCUCCUUCAUCGGCUACAAAGAGAAGCCAGAGACCUCUGACCUCAGCUUGCCUCCUCUCAAUAAUUUCUCUGUGGCAGAGUGCCAGCUAAUGAAGACAGAGCGACCUCGGCCCAACACCUUCGUCAUCCGCUGCCUGCAGUGGACCACCGUCAUCGAGCGCACCUUCCAUGUGGAGAGCAAUGAGGAGAGAGAGGAGUGGAUGCGGGCCAUCCAGGCAGUGGCGAACGGACUGAAGACGCGGGAGGAGGAGGAGCCUAUGGAUAUCAAGUUCGGCUCGCCCAGCGACUGCAGCGGCAUGGAAGAGAUGGAGGUGGCCAUGUCCAAGUCCCGCUCAAAAGUGACGAUGAGUGACUUUGACUACCUGAAGCUCCUGGGGAAGGGCACCUUUGGGAAGGUGAUCUUGGUGAAGGAGAAGGCUACGGGGAUGUACUAUGCCAUGAAGAUUCUGCGCAAGGAGGUCAUCAUUGCAAAGGAUGAGGUGGCCCACACGGUGACUGAAAGCAGAGUCCUGCAGAACACCCGACACCCCUUCCUCACAACACUAAAGUAUGCUUUUCAAACCCAUGAUCGGCUGUGCUUCGUGAUGGAAUAUGCCAAUGGAGGAGAGCUGUUCUUCCACCUCUCUCGGGAGCGUGUGUUCACAGAGGACCGCGCGCGGUUCUAUGGAGCGGAGAUCGUGUCGGCCCUGGAGUACCUGCACUCACGGGACGUGGUCUACAGGGACCUGAAGCUGGAGAACCUCAUGCUGGAUAAAGACGGCCAUAUUAAGAUCACAGAUUUCGGCCUGUGUAAGGAGGGCAUCACUGACGGUGCCACCAUGAAGACUUUCUGUGGCACGCCGGAGUACCUGGCGCCCGAGGUGCUGGAGGAUAAUGACUACGGACGGGCGGUGGACUGGUGGGGGCUGGGCGUGGUCAUGUACGAGAUGAUGUGCGGUCGGCUACCCUUCUACAACCAGGACCACGAGCGCCUGUUCGAGCUCAUCCUGAUGGAGGAGAUCCGCUUCCCCCGGAACCUGUCCCCCGAGGCCAAGGCCCUGCUGGCAGGCCUGCUCAAGAAGGACCCCAAACAGAGGCUUGGAGGGGGCCCUGACGAUGCCAAAGACGUGAUGACCCACAAAUUCUUCACCGCUAUCAACUGGCAGGACGUUCUGCAGAAAAAGCUGAUCCCGCCCUUCAAGCCUCAGGUCACCUCAGAGACGGACACACGCUACUUUGAUGACGAGUUCACAGCACAGACCAUCACCGUCACGCCUCCAGACAAAUAUGACAGUCUGGACUCCGAGGACCCAGAUCAGAGGACGCACUUCCCCCAGUUCUCCUACUCCGCCAGCAUACGGGAGUGACGCGGUCUCGCACGCGCACUCUUACACACUCACACACGCUCACACCGAGACACACCAGCAGGACCGACGCCAGCGGGACCCGCAGGCCGCCAGACAGCCAACCUCUCCGGGAGCGAAGUGCCUUCACCGGCAGCUGUCCCACACUACACCUACAGUGCACACAGGAGCCCACACACACGUCCUCCCAGAGACCGCAGGAGAAAAAAGCCCUACUGUUUUUCAAAAAAAGAAAAGAAAAGAAAGUAUUUUAAAUUUUUUUUGUUUUUCCCUCUGAUUGUUACGGUUUUAAAAGCCAUAUUUCUGCAAUUUUUAUAAGUGCUCUUUCUGGAACUAGCUGUUACCAAUAGUAUUGAACUGUUCUGAAUGACGGACUGGAGAAGGGGGAGGAGCAAGAAGAACGCGAAGGGGACAUGGUGGCCAUUUCUCUUCCCACUACAUGCGUGUGCUUGUCCAUGUAUCUGUGUGUAUGUGAGAGAGUGCUUGUGUGUGUUUCAUAUACAGUACUCUGUGUGUAAGAACAAGAGUGUGUACGUGUGUCCGUUUCUGAUUUUGUCCGUAUGUUAGUCUUGAGGGGGACACAGCACAUACAUGCGUAUGUGUGUGAAGUAAAGGUUUCUUUUAUUGGAGGGAAAAAGGUCCUUUACAUCUGCUGGGAGCUUUGCAAGUGAAAUGAUCUUGUUGAAUCAUUUAAUUCUGUGCCUGCUCUCAAACGGCAAAGCAGUCAGUUGAAAUACUUUACUUGGUGUCCAACUUCAGUGAAAUAAUGCAAUGAGAUCACAUGUUACUUUUUGAAAAAUCAUCAACUUCAUGGGUAAAUAGUGGAGGAAUGUUUUAUGAAAUGUUUUCACUACACAUUUGGCACAUGAAGGUGUGAAAGAUGUUUGAUCUUUUUUGACACACCUCUGGGCAUGGUCACAUGAUGCAAGAUGUGUAGUUUUUAUUUAAUUUUAAUUGUAUUUUUUUUUGCCCUUUGAAAACAGGCAGAAAUCUUGUAGAACAUUCUAACAUUUUUUUAAUAAUUGUAUUUUCUGUUGAUUGUCUUGUUUCCUCUCCCUGUUCCACAUACCCCCCUGAAACUUUUGGAAGAAAAAUUUAGACUCAUUUAAAAAUAUAUAGAAUAUAUUAAAACCAUAUUUUUUGUUUUGUGUUAUCA